AUGGGCUCAGAUAAGCUCUCAGAUAUGGAUUCCUCCAGUGGCAGUGGUCAAUCUGGUGAAGUCAAAGACACCGUCCAAACCCCCGAACGCGAAGCCAAAAACAGCACCCGCGAAGAAGGCAGCAAACGCAAAAACCUCGGCUCAAACCCAACUUACAGUCUCGCCGGCGACGGCGCACCAAACCCAGCCAACAGCAAGGGACCCUUCCUAGACAAGGAUUACCAGUCCUACAACCCGCAAUAUGGAAAACCAGAUGAGAAUCCAACAUGGAGUCUGGCAUCGCCAUUACCACACAUUAUGCGUCCUGGUAUGCGCCAUGGCGCAUUACCCGAAGACAGAAGCGAGGACGCGGAAGCCAAGGCUAUCGGACAGGAUGACGACUUGUCUCCUGAAGCGAAGCAACAGCGUUCGCGGGAGGCUCGGCAGAAUAGGAUUAAUGGGCCUCAGGAAGAUGGGUUCUUUAACGCUUGGUCGAAGAUUAGACAUAAGUUUCGGGAGCCGUUGGCUGAAUGGUUAGGUACAACAAUGGCAAUGACCCUCGGCCUCUGCGCCACCUUCUCCAACUUCACAUCCGGCGGCCAAGCAGGAUCCUACGCAACAACCGCCGCAGCCUGGGGCUUCGGCUUCAUGGUCGCCAUCUACACGACCGGUGGUAUCUCCGGAGGUCACUUGAACCCAGCCAUCUCGAUCUCAAUGUCCGUCUGGCGUGGUUUCCCAGCCCGGAAGUGUCUGAUAUACAUUACGGCGCAACUCCUCGGCGCCAUUACCGCCGGCGGCAUCGCAUACGCCAUCUACCACGAUGCCAUCGUGCAGGUCUCGACUGCGGCCAAGGUACCGCAGAACCAGAGUGUGGCGGCGCAGGCGUUGAUCACGCAGCCGAAACCGUUUGUCAAUCCGGCCACGGCGUUUUUCACUGAGUUCCUCGGUAGCGCCAUCUUGUUUGGUGUUGUGCUUGCGCUGGGUGAUGAUUCGAAUGCGCCUCCUGGGGCUGGUAUGCAGGCGUUUAUACUUGGGAUUCUGAUUUCGGUUAUUGUUCUUGCUUUGGGGUAUAAUACUGGAGGUUGCUUCAAUUGCGCUCGCGACUUUGGCCCUCGACUCGUUGCCGUCAUGGCCGGGUGGGGUGGACAGCUCUUCCGUGAGACUCAUGCUUGGUGGGUCUGGGGCCCGUGGAUGGCGGAUAUCAGUGGUGCCUUGUUCGGUGCUUUCGUGUACGACAUGGCUAUCUUCACUGGCGGCGAGAGUCCAGUCAACUAUCCUCCGCGACGACGCAAGCGCGCGUACCGUGUGCGGAUGUUGAACCUCAGGAAGAAGCUACGGUUUGGAAAGCAUAAAAUCGGGGAUCUGGAGAGGUCUGUGGAUGAGACGGAGGAAUGA